AUGAAUACCCAAUACGCCCGGAACGCAUCGGGUCCGCGUGCGCUUGGAAGCACUAAGAAAGCCCAUCUACUGAAGCAAUUUGUUCAUGUUUUGAGAUCGGGCAGUUGGCCCAAUCAAGACGUCUUAGUCAUGUUUGAGACGGGAGUUUGUUGGAGUCGCCGCCUUCGUCGCUGUCGCACUCAUUCCAUUAUGCCUUUCGGUCUUAUCAUCGGAACUGAACGCGCAUCUGCUCUACAAAAAUCCAUUCAGGAUGAACUCACAGCUCGUAGUUUUAGUCCCGAUGCUGAUCCUGUCAUGGCGGAAUAUAUCACCAUUAUGAUUAUAAACAAUAAAACUGCAGCACAAAUAACUUCGGAACUCAUGGAUUUAAUUGGCUCAGACUUUGUGCCACCAGAUCCCAGCUUCACAGAUUGGCUCUUCGCUGAAGCUGCCAAAGGCGCGCCGGAAUCUGAAGCACCGUCCGCUGCAUCUUCAACACCU